AUGUCGUCUCGCCACGGUGCUGGCCGUCCACGUCGCGAUGGCGAGACGUUUGCCAGAACACACCACCACGACAACGAGCAGGUGGACGAUUCGCGAGUGAAGUUCGAUGUCCGAAACCCCUCUACUUUAGCACCCGAUGCUCGCGAGGACGACGCGAUUCUCGAUGCGGAUGUUAUCGGCGCCAGCGCUUCGACGAAACGCGGUGCUGUCAACCUCGACGGGUACGACAGCGACUCAGACAAUGAUACUUUCAAUGCUCGAGCUGAAAGCCGAAAGAAGGGCAAGGUGGACAUCAACGAGCAACUAGACAACUACGAUAAUAAAGCUCCGCAUGGUGGCCCUUUGGCAGCAAAAAAUGAUGACGAUGACGACGACGACAUGUUUGCGGCGGCCGACGGCGAAGAUAGAGAAGACGACGAUGACGGCCCUGAAGCUUCCUCAACCAAAAAGAAGAAGGUGCAGUUCAUGGAAGCAAACGAAAUCGAGGGUCAGGACCAGAAGAGCAAGAGCGGUGGCACGAUACAUCUGGACGAUGACGAAAGCAGUGAUGCGGAAUCAGAAAAGGAGCUUCGCGCGCAGGAGGAGGAUGUUGAUGAGGAGGUUGGCGCUGGCGGUCUGAAGCGCAAUGCUCCCAAGGUGGAAGCUUUCAACCUCAAUGAUGAAAUGGAGGAGGGUCGGUUCGACGAUCAGGGCAACUACGUUCGCAAAGCUGGUGACCCAGACGCUGUGCACGACAACUGGCUAAACGGGCUGAGCAAGAAAGACAUGAAAAAGGCGGCAGAAGCGCACGAAAAGCGCCAAUCAGAAGCUAGGAAGCUUCGGCUGGAGGAUGACGGUCUCCUAAGCUCCGAUCUUCUCAAGACCCUGAUCAUUCACCUAGAAAGAGCAGAGACGCCACUAGAAGCACUGGCACGUCUGGGCAAGGGCCAGAAAAAGACGAAAAAGAUUCCGCAGUGGAAGCUGAAGAAGAUGAAAAAGGGCAUGGAUGUGGAUCAGGAGGCAGAGCAACCAGACACAGAACAAUUGCGAAUCAAGGCUGCCAUCGACGCCAUCACGGAGGCAGCGGACAAGCUUCUGAGUCGUGGUUUGGAGGAGGUGUACGACCAAGAGCGCGAAAUGCUGGUGCGAGAGUACCGCAAGGAUUCUGGUGAAGACUGGGUCGAGCCGUCAACAACGGAGGGGGCUGCCGUAGCAUCGGCACCCGACUCCGUUGGAAAGUGGGAGUUUCGAUGGGUAGACGGUCGGGAUGAUGGGUCGACGCAGGGGCCGUUCGACGGGCCGACGAUGAAGGCAUGGCAGGACGCGGGUUACUUUGGACAGGGUAUCGAGUUUCGCCCAGCUGGCGGCUCAGCGGAGUGGUCUCAGGAAACACCCUCGUUUUUGUGA